AUGUCCGAUGCUCAAUUACUAUCUUAUUUCAACAGAAUAGAAAAGAUUCUCAAUGAAACUAAAAUCUAUACAAAGUUAAUGUCUAUUAAUAAAGAAGGAUUAGCACCAAACUACUAUGACGAAGAUGAAUUAUUAUUCCCUUUGGAAAUAGGACAUGAAAUGUACAAUAAAACAUUAAAAGUUUAUUUAGAAUCAAAGGCAUACAUUGAUAGUAUUGAAAAAACAUUAAAUAAAUGUAUUGAUAAAAUCGGUAAAAAUGAUAAAGCAUCACAUUUAAUUAAUCAAAAUAAAAUUAAUAAUGCGUCAUCAAAUUCUUCAUCGUCAAGCGAUGAAGAAAAGAGUGAUCAGGUUGGUCAAAAAAGAAAACCAAAAACAAAAGGACCAGGUUCAAAAAUGAAUAAAAGACCAAAACAACCACCACCACAACAAGAUGAAGUAAAUUCAACUGUUCCACACAUUAAUAGCACUACAACAUCAUCUACCUCUACCAAUAUUAAAGAUAAAGAAAAAGAGAAAGAAAAGGAAAGAGAGAAAUUUGAUAAAUUAGAAAAAGAAUCAUCAUCUGUCAAUGGAGUUCAUAAUAGUAAAGAUUCGAAAUCAUCAACACCAAAUAAAGAAUCCCAUAGCAACAAUAACAAUAACGCCAACAACAAUAUCAUUAAUAAUAACAGUAGUUUAAAUAAUAGUAAUAAUAAUAAUAACACCAACAACAACAAUAACAAUAACAAUAGCAGUAACAACAAUAGUAAUAAUAGUAAUAAUAAUAGCAAUGGUAAUGGAAAUAGUUCAAAUGGUAAUAACAAUAAUAAUAGUAAUGGAAACCAUAAUAGUAGUGGAAAUGGAUUCCAUGGUAUGCAACCAGGUCAGCUUGUAGCAGCAAGGGAUAGUAAAAGCAACCAAUGGAUUUUGGCAAAGGUUAGUUCUUUCUCUCAAAAGACACAAAAAUACGAAGUCAUCGAUGAAGACGAAGAAGAAUCCAAACGUUUCUCAGUGGGUCAAAAAGAUAUCAUUCAAUUACCAUCACACACCAACUUACCACCAACCUUUUCAAACAAUACCAAAGUACUCGCAAUGUUUCCCGAUACCACCGCCUUUUAUCCUGCAGUUGUUGUCAAUGUUCAAAAGGUUAAAGGAAAGCCAACCUUUUAUCAUUUACACUUUGAAGAUGAUCAAGAAAAUGGUGAAACUCCAAAUAGACGUGUAAAUGCUCAACAUGUUGUGGCCUUAAAUAAGUAG